AUGAGGCGGAAGGAGAAGCGGCUGCUGCAGUUCGCCGGGCUGCUGCUGGCGGCUCUGCUCUUCCUCCCGAACGUGGGGCUGUGGUCUCUGUACCGGGACCGGCUGCUGGACAACUCCCCGGACACGGUGGACGCUCCGGGCGGACUCCCCCCCGUGCAGGAGGGGAACCAGAGGAGGAAGGUGGCUCAGCUGGGACUCGAUGGCGUGCGGCGGACGGACUGGCACGACUACGAAGGGAUCAGGAGAGACGCCGCCCGCGUGGGUAACGGGGAGCAGGGGAAACCGUUCCCUCUGUCAGAGACCGACCAGGUGGACCAGGCCUACAGAGAAAACGGCUUCAACAUCUACGUCAGCGACCGGAUCUCCCUGAACCGCUCGCUCCCAGACAUCCGCUCCUCAAAAAUCCAGAACCUGUCCAGACAUCGACCCGUGUGCUCCCUCUCUUUCCCAGAAUGCAACAAGCACCUGAAGGCCCCGCUGGAGGAGUACAUGUCCCGGGUGCCCAAGGUUCAGAUCCUGCGGACGAAGAAGAGGGAGGGGCUUAUCAGGACCCGCCUGUUGGGGGCCGCGGCCGCUAAAGGAGAAGUCAUCACAUUCCUGGACUCUCACUGCGAAGCUAAUGUCAACUGGCUGCCACCGCUGCUGGACCGAAUCGCCCAGAACAGGAAGACCAUCGUGUGUCCGAUGAUCGAUGUCAUCGACCACGACAACUUCGGCUACGACACGCAGGCGGGCGACGCCAUGCGAGGAGCCUUCGACUGGGAGAUGUACUACAAACGCAUCCCCAUCCCCCCCGAGCUGCAGAGGGACGAGCCCAGUGAACCCUUCGAGUCUCCAGUGAUGGCCGGUGGACUCUUCUCUGUGGACAGGAAGUGGUUCUGGGAGCUCGGAGGAUACGACACGGGUCUGGAGAUCUGGGGAGGAGAACAGUACGAGAUCUCCUUCAAGGUGUGGAUGUGUGGUGGACGGAUGGAGGACAUCCCCUGCUCCAGGGUGGGACACAUCUAUAGGAAGUACGUCCCCUACAAGGUCCCUGGAGGGAUCAGCCUGGCAAAGAACCUGAAGCGCGUGGCCGAGGUGUGGAUGGACGAAUACGCAGAAUAUGUGUACCAGCGCCGGCCCGAGUACCGCCACCUGUCGGCCGGAGACAUGACGGCACAGAAAGAGCUGAGGAACCGGCUGAACUGCAAGAACUUCAAGUGGUUCAUGAGCGAGGUGGCGUGGGACCUGCCCAAGCACUACCCGCCGGUGGAGCCCCCUGCUGCUGCCUGGGGGGAGAUCCGAAACGUGGGCAGCGACAUGUGCAUGGAGAUCAAGCACUUUGUGUCGGGGAGCCCCAUCCGCCUGGAGAGCUGCGUGAAGAGUCGAGGGGAAGUGGGCUGGAGUCACGGACAGGUGUUGACCUUCGGCUGGAGGGAGGACAUCCGGGUGGGCGACCCCAUCCACACCAGGAAGGUCUGCUUCGACGCCGUGUCCCACAACAGCCCGGUCACCCUGUACGACUGCCACGGCAUGAAGGGCAACCAGCUGUGGCGCUACAGGAAGGACAAGAGUCUGUAUCACCCCGUCAGUAACAGCUGCAUCGACAGCAGCCCCAACGAGCGGCGCGUCUUCAUGAGCUCGUGCGACUCGUCCUCGCCGAGUCAGCAGUGGCUGUUCGAGAGAACCAACGCCACGGUGCUGGAGCGCUUCAACCAGGACGCCAACUGA